GACAUGAGCCGAGCUGUCCCUUAGAUGGUCCCAUCUCUCUCUCUCUCUUUCUCUCUCGCUCGCUCUGAGGGUUUGAGUGGUUCGGAACUCGCUCUCCCUUCGUUCUCUUCUCCCGGAAUCGACUGAUUAGCCCCGCGAUUCGAAUGAAUCGAGAUCUCUGAGAUCAAUCCUCGUCUCCUCCACCGCUUUGUUCGAUCGAUUUCCUUCGCAGGCGUUGAGGAUUCGAAGCUCGAUCCGAAGCAAGGAGGCGAUCGCUCCGUUGACGAGAAGAUCCGACCUUCUUCGUCCUCCUCGAGCUCGAAAUAUAGGGUUUCUGAGCUACCCGAACCGAAGGUGGGGGGGUGCGAUGAUCCUAAGUUGUUGCUCCAAUGGCGGUGGUUAGAUCGAAGUCGAGAAAUGUUUUAAAUUUGUAAAUUGUAGGGAAUUUUUGAUCGGUUUUGUAGUCUAGGUUUGGUGUGAAGUGGUUUUAGAUCGGACUUUUCGUGCUCGAUCUUCUCCGUUUGGAGGAGUUGUUGGGGCUUGACGAGAGAUUUUUACUUGAUGGUUGGGAUGGAUGUGGAAGUAGUGAGGGAUGUGGCAUCGCUGAACCCCGAUCUGCUGCAGCUUCCGGAGGUGUCGACCGUGGUGCUCAAAGAAAACCCUAACAUCGCCGAGCAGCUCUUCUCGCAAUGGCUUGCUCUUCCGGACACCGUUAAGCUGGUUAAAUCAUUAGUUGAUGAUGCGAAGACUGGCGCACCGUUGAAUGCUUUUGGGAGUUCUAGUAGUACAAAUGCUUCUGGUAGCAAUCCAUUGCCUUCCAUGUUCCCUGCUGGCAGUGCACCUCCACUAUCUCCAAGAAGCACCUCCGGAUCUCCUCGUUUUGUGAAACGUGGCAGUAAUUUGGGGCCCUCAUCUUUAGGAUCUCCUCUAAAAGUGGUUAAGGAUCUUCCAAGAGAAGUCAUACCUCAGUUCUAUUUUCAAAAUGGUCGUCCACCUGCAUAUGAACUGAAAGAACAAUGCUUAUCUCGAAUCAACCAGCUUUACUUUGGGCGCACUGAUGGUCUUCAAAUUCAAGAAUUUAAGUUUGUGACAAAGGAAAUCUGCAAGCUCCCAUCUUUCUAUUCUGGUGUACUUUUCAGAAAGAUUGAUGUUGGCUGCACUGGCAUUGUUUCAAGGGAUGCCUUAAUUGAUUUUUGGGUUAACGGCAACAUGAUGACUAUGGACACAGCAACUCAGAUAUAUGCAAUUUUGAAGCACCCAGACCGCUGUUACCUAAUUCAGGAGGAUUUCAAACCUGUUCUUCGAGAACUUUUGACCAGCCAUCCUGGAUUGGAAUUUUUGCAAAGUACACCCGAGUUUCAAGAAAGAUAUGCUGAGACGGUCAUAUACAGAAUAUUUUACUACAUGAAUAGAUCUGGAAAUGGUCAUCUUACCCUCAGGGAGCUAAAGCGUGGAAAUUUAAUUGCUGCGAUGCAACAUGCUGACGAGGAGGAUGAUAUAAACAAAGUUUUAAGAUACUUCUCGUAUGAGCACUUCUAUGUGAUCUACUGCAAGUUUUGGGAGCUUGAUACAGAUCAUGAUUUUCUGAUUGAUAAGCAGAACCUCAUCAGAUAUGGAAAUCAUGCACUUACUUAUAGAAUUGUGGACAGAAUUUUCUCACAGGUUCCCCGAAAAUUCACCAGCAAAGUUGAAGGGAAGAUGGGGUAUGAAGAUUUUGUUUACUUUAUAUUAUCAGAGGAGGAUAAAUCAGCUGAGCCUAGUCUUGAAUUUUGGUUCAAGUGUAUAGACCUUGAUGGAAAUGGAAUACUCACACGCAAUGAAAUGCAGUUCUUCUAUGAAGAGCAGUUGCAUCGCAUGGAGUGCAUGUCACAAGAACCUGUUCUAUUUGAGGACAUUCUAUGUCAGAUGAUUGAUAUGAUUGGACCAGAGAAUGAUAGUUAUUUUACAUUACGAGACUUGAAGCACUCCAAACUGUCAGGAAAUAUUUUCAAUAUCCUUUUCAAUCUUAACAAGUUUAUGGCAUUUGAAACUCGUGACCCUUUUCUUAUUCGUCAGGAGCGGGAGGAGCCAACUUUGACAGAAUGGGAUCGCUUUGCACGCAGAGAAUACAUAAGGCUGUCGAUGGAAGAAGAUGGUGAAGAUGCCUCCAAUGGAAGCGGAGACGUUUGGGAUGAGUCACUUGAGGCUCCAUUUUAAAACUAUACUCGGAGAAUUUAAGAUGAUUGAGGUUAUUGGUGCCAAAGAAGUCACGCUGCUGAAUGCGGAUAGGCAACUCUCAAGGAGAACUUUAAGUGCAUUAGCUUGGAAGGUUCUCAAUCCGGCUGUGGGGUGAUAAAUUGUGAAUCUCACUGCAAAUAGUAGUUGGUAUGUUUCAUCUGGUACAGAAAGUCUGCUAAGGGUUCAAGUAAAAGAGAGUGGCAUUGCUCGCAUGGUUAUUUCUCGUCAGUGCCAGGAAAAUUAAAGAACGUGGUUGCUGAUCAUUUUUCUCAUAUGCAUAAUCGGGUAAAAGGAGAAAAAAAGAAGAAGAAAAAAGGUGUCCUUAUUUGUUGCCUCUUCCUUUUUGCCUCGUAGAUGCAUGGGUUAAUUGCAUGUCUGAAGCUUUCCACUGGUAUGGGUUUUCCUGUUUGGUGGUAUGAGAUGCAGGUGAUUGUUGCUUCUUUGUUGCCUAAUUCAGUUCCGUAAAAGAUGAUAUUUAAUUAAUUUGUUUUAUUCCCCAGUUGCUUAUGUUAAUCCUAAUAAAUUGCAGCGUCUUGAAUGUUUUUUCUAAAACUAAAAAGAGUGAUAGAAUAUACUAUUGACAGUAGUCGUUUGUUUAACUACUGAUUCCAUCAUAGCAUGCUUAUGAAGUGCUUGCGUUGCAUUUGAUGGAUUCUUCAGUGGCUCCCAUCCAUGUUUCAAGUCGGGUGUCUGAAUUUGUGGCUUA